CUCUCUCUCUCUCUCUCUCACACACACACACACACACUCAUACACUCUCUGACACUCACACACUCUCUCUCUCUCCGACACACACACACACUCUCUCUCUGUCACACACAUACUCUCUCGCGCUCUCACACACACACACACACACACACACACACACACACACACACACACACACACACACACACACACACACACACACACACACACUCACUUUCUCACAAACACACACACACACACUCACUUUGUUUCACACACACACACACACACACACACACACACACACACACACUCUCUCUCUCUCACACAGUCUUUCUCUCUCUCUCUCUCUCACACACACACUUUUUUACACUUUCUGUCACACACACUCACACUCUCUAUCUUUGUCUCUCUCUCUCACACACACACACAUACACACAUUUUUUCUGUCACACACUUUCUCACACACACACUAUCUCUCUGUCAUUCACACACACUCUGCCUCUCUCUCUCUCUCUCUCACACACACACACACACGCGCGAGCGCUUAGACAGAGUGAGUGCGCGCGGGGAGGCUGUGUUUUCUGGGGCUCGUGAGCUGGAGUUGAGUGAAGAUGAGCGGGACGCUGCUGCGCGCGGACUCGUGUUUCUGAGGUUCGGUUCUGAGGAUUAUCUGCGCGCGCGGGACCAUGCGGGCUGUUCGGGUCACGAGGCGGUUCUGUUUACUGCUGCUGCUCUUACACACUGCACAGAUCCACGCGCUCCUCCACCAGCAGCACAGCGAUGUGGACCAGUGUGCAGAGGGGAGCGAUGCCUGCCACAUUGACGCGAUUUGUCAGAACACCCCAACGUCCUACAAGUGCACAUGCAAAACAGGGUUUAAAGGAGACGGUAAACAGUGUGAAGAUGUAGAUGAGUGUGAUUCGGAGUAUAACGGCGGCUGUGUUCACGAGUGCAACAACAUACCCGGUAAUUACCGCUGCACCUGCCACGAUGGAUUCAACUUAGCUCACGACGGACACAACUGCCUGGAUGUGGACGAGUGUUUGUGCAACAAUGGCGGCUGUCAGCAUGUGUGUGUGAACACCAUGGGAAGCUACGAGUGUCGCUGCAAAGACGGAUUCUUCUUAAGUGACAAUCAGCACACAUGCAUCCAUCGCUCUGUGGAAGGUCUGAGCUGCAUGAAUAAAGACCACGGCUGUGCUCACAUCUGCAGAGAGACGCCCAAGGGGGGCGUGUCCUGCGAGUGCCGGCCCGGGUUCGAGCUUGCCAAGAACCAGCGCGGCUGCACCUUGACCUGUAUCCAUGGCAACGGCGGCUGCCAACACAUCUGUGAGGAUACAGAGCAAGGGCCGGUGUGCCGGUGCCACGGCAGAUACACGCUGCAGGCCGACGGACGCACCUGUACAGAACGAGAUGAUGCCACCACCACCGCGUCUGACCACAAUGCCACGUCCCUCUCCGAGGUGGACAAACGAGUGAAGAGGCGUCUGCUUAUGGAGACCUGUGCGGUGAAUAAUGGCGGUUGUGACAGCACCUGUAAGGACACGUCGACGGGCGUCCGCUGCAGCUGCCCGGUCGGAUUCACCCUCCAACCAGACGGCAAAACCUGUAAAGAUAUAGACGAGUGUGAAUUCCACAACGGGGGCUGCGACCACUUCUGCCGGAACACAGUGGGGAGCUUCGAGUGUAGCUGCCGCCGAGGCUUCAAGCUGCUGACGGACGAGCGCUCCUGCCAGGAUAUCGACGAGUGCUUCUUUGAGAGGACGUGUGACCACACUUGCGUGAACUCCCCCGGCAGCUUUCAGUGUGUGUGUAACAGGGGUUAUACGCUGUAUGGGCUGGCGCACUGUGGAGAUAUAAACGAGUGCAGUGUGAAUAACGGAGGCUGUGGGCACACCUGUGAGAACACCAUGGGGGGCUUCCAGUGCCACUGCCACGCCGGGUACAGACUGCACUGGAACAGGAAGGACUGUGUUGAAGCUGAUGGGUAUUCAGCAGUAGCAGCGCCGGUUAAACCCACCCUGAACUGCAGUAAACAGGGAGGGGCGGAGCACUGCUACCUCACCUGCCAAUCACAGAUCAACAUCAGCAGCGGGGCGGAGGAUUCCUAUACAGUGACCUGUGGUGUGGGCGGCUCUCAGUGCGGACACUCGUCCUGUGCUCACCGGAUCAGAACAGUAGCCACCUUUAAAUCCGGCCCAGGGAAGUGCAGUCUGAAACGCACCCAGGAGAAGUUCACCCAGAGCUUCAGCGCCGCUCUCACAGAUAAGAGGUCGUUGCCCACAGAGAAUGUGCAGUUCAGCUUUGUGAAACUGCACUGCAGCUCUUCGGGCCGGCGGCUGAGGAAUCGGCACGGACGGAAGGCGGGCGAGGACGAGGGCUCGUCCAUCACGGCUCAGUUUGAGCUGGAUGUGAAUCUAGAGGAGGUAACAGCAGAGGGUUGUGACCUGGCUUGUGUGAAGCGACGUUCUGAGAAGCGUCUGAGGAAAACCAUCCGGACUCUUCGCAAAUCCAUCAACAGAGAGCAGUUCCACCUGCACUUCGCCGGCUCCGAGUACGAACUCUCCAAAAAACUGGGCCGUCCCGCGGACUCUCGGGAACACUGCGGCCCGGGACAAGUGCUGGUGGACAGGAAGUGCGUGAGCUGCAGUGUCGGGACGUUCUACGACACAGAUCAGGGGAGGUGCAUGUUGUGUCCUGCUGGUUCGUACCAGGACGAGGAAGGGCAGCUGAGGUGUGAGGUCUGCCCGGGGCCGGAGGGCAGGAGCACCGCCAGAGCCCCAGGAGCCCGGAGCCUCGCAGAGUGCGGAGGGCAGUGUUCUCCAGGGCACUCCUCCCACGAUGGCUUCGUGCCGUGCUGGCCCUGCCCCCGAGGAACCUACCAGCCGGAAGUGGGUCGCACCUCCUGCCUGCCUUGUGGAGGGAGUCUGAUAACCAAACACGAGGGUGCCGUGUCCUUCCAGGCCUGUGAGACCAAAGUGCAGUGUUCUCCAGGGCACUACUACAACACCAGCACACACCGCUGCAUCCGCUGUCCUCUGGGAACCUAUCAGCUGGAGUUUGGGCAGAAUUUCUGUGUUUCCUGUCCUGGAAACACCACCACCGACUACGAUGGAUCAACUGAUGUAACUCAGUGCAAAAACAGGCACUGUGGAGGAGAGCUGGGAGAUUUCACCGGCUACAUCGAGUCGCCCAACUACCCCGGCAACUACCCCGCCAACAUCGAGUGCACCUGGAUCAUCAACCCCCCGCCCAAACGCAGGAUCCUCAUCAUCGUCCCCGAGAUCUUCAUCCCCAUGGAGGACGAGUGCGGAGACUUCCUAGUGAUGAGGAAGAGCUCUCAGCCGAACUCAGUGACGACGUACGAGACGUGUCAGACGUACGAGCGGCCAAUCGCCUUCACCUCUCGCUCCAAGAAGCUGUGGAUCCAGUUCAGGUCUAACGAGGGCAACAGUGGGAAAGGCUUCCAGGUGCCGUACGUAACGUACGACGAGGAUUACCAGGAGCUCAUCGAGGACAUAGUGAGGGAUGGACGACUGUACGCCUCCGAAAAUCAUCAGGAAAUACUAAAGGACAAGAAGCUGAUGAAGUGUCUCUUUGAUGUUCUGGCUCAUCCUCAAAACUUCUUCAACUACACGGCUCAGGAGUCCCGAGAACUCUUCCCCAAAUCCUUCAUCCGCUUCCUGCGCUCCAAAGUUCUGCGAUUUUUGCGUCCGUAGGAUUAAAACCUGCAGAGAACUCUUCGUAAAGUUACGAGUUUUGGAUCUUGGACAGCCCUUGAGUUACAAACCUGUAAAAAGAAGAAAGAAUCUGAAUUUCCUCGGCAGGAUAAAAGACUGGAAAGUGAGAAGCUCCUGCCCUCCAAAGUUUUUUCAUUGGGACUUUUUUUUUUUUCCACGAGGGAAUGAACUUUACUUCCAACUGAAUGAAUAGGUAGCUGCCACUGUAACUGAAAAAGUGUAAAACUGUAAAGACUAGAGGUAUCAGGUGAUGAUCCGUACCUGUCUGGGGUAAAAAACGAAAUAUACACAUACAGUAUAUACCUAAAUAUUGGACUUUAAACUCAAAAUACUUUUCACACUGACUCAAAAAAUCCUGUUUAUACCUGGUAUUAACAUUGCUUAACAGACGAAACUCAGCAUACGUCUCUGUCUUGUAGUCCUUCUGGGUUCCAAGCGGUCUCUUAUCUACUGCGGUUUUGCUACGUCUCUGCUUAUGGAGCUUUUUCGAAGGAUACCGAACUUUUUAGUGUCGAUGCUGCAACACAUUGUUGUUUACCUACACUAUUGUGUUCCAUACCUGGCAACCUGGGAGGACCAACAGUGGGCGGGGUCCUGUAAGUAGAAAUACUUUAGGUCAGGUGUAAACAGAUUUAGAUCAUAUAAGAUUCAGAUACUAUCCUGAUACAAAACAUAUACUGUAAUAUACAUUAAUGCCAGGUGUAAACCAACCCAAAGUGUAACCAUUCUAGCACCAUAUUCCACACUUCUUAGUACCGUGUGUAUAUAUAUUUUGCUAUUUAUAGGUUUAUGUUUGAGUAAAAUGAACAUUGUUGUUUUAUUCUAUAAACUACAGACAACAUUUCUCCCAAA